AUGAGAGAGGGGGCUAGAGAAGGAGGAGGGGCUUGUUCGCCCUGUGGAAAGCUGAUUGAAAAUAUUCUGGCAAAUGCAUCACAGAUAAGCCUUCCUCUGUUUGGAAAUUCUGAUCCGGAUCGUGCUCAGCUCCCACCUGCGAAUGUAAACAGACAGGGGCGCUCGGCUUGCAAGAGAGGAGGAGGAACCCACGCUCAAGAAUCCAAGAGAAAACGCACAAAUCCUCAGAUAUACUACAUACAACAUUGA